UAUAAAACCCCUCCAAUCUCGUCACCAACCAAACCACCUCGCCGCAGAUCUGCUUCCGCCUCCGCCAUGGCGUCAUCGGCAUUGCCCUGCGCCGCCGCGCUCUUCCUCGUCCUCCUCCUCGCGCCGCUGCUCGCCUCCGCCGAGUCGCCCAUCUCGCUGCCGCCUGCGUCCGCGCCCACCGCCUCCACCCCGGCUGCAGACGAGCGCCUCCACCCCGCCGACGCCGCCCUCGCUCCGUCGCAGCCGCCUUCCGAGGCCUCCUCCUCCGCCGCCGCGCUCUCCCCUCCCGCGCCUCCUGAGACCUCCCCUCUCCCCGCGCCCUCCCACUCGCCCCCCGUCCCGCAUUCCGCGGCACCCGAGCCGUCGCCCAUGGAGCAUUCCGCCGCGUCCGCGCCGGCCCCCUCCGCCGCCAAGGCCAAGCAGGGCGGCGACGACGAGGAGGACGACGACGAUAAGGAGAAAGACAAGGAGGAGAAGCCGUCAACACCGUCGCCUGCCCCCGCCGCCGAGGAGAUAAAGGCCGCCACCGCGGGCGACAAGGCGGGGGAGGAGGACGGGGAGACGGAGAGGCACGAGUUGAACGGCGGCAAGAAGGCCGGCGUCGUGGUCGGCGCCUUCUCGGCCGCCGCGGUGGUGGGUCUAGCCGCCGUCGUGUGGAAGAAGCGGCAGGCCAACAUCCGGCGGUCCAGGUACGCCGACUACUCCGCCCGCCUCGAGCUCGUCUGAUCGUUCGCCGGAGCUCCUCACCGGAGUAGUACACUACAUCUACAUCUACAGUAGCAUCAGCAGUACAACCCCACCAUAUACGUUCGUCGUCUCAGUGCAGCAGCUCCGCAGAUACACAGAUUCGAUGCAUGCCUUCCAUGGCCGCGCUUCAAAUUGCUCCUGUGAUCCGCGAGAUGUUAGAUUCUUCAUUUCAUUCUUGUGUUAAUUAUUCUUGGUGUUGAAACCAUUAAAAUUCUUUUUCUGUGAAAAAAAAAGAGGAAUAACGUAAUGGAGUGAUAUGGAGAUGGAUACACGCAGUUUUGUAUACCUAGUAGAAUGAUAUACUGCUACUCCUAAUAAUUUUGAUUAGAACCAACUCCAAGUGAGCUGUGAGCCGUGAUGCAUUGGUGUGAACAGUAUUCAGAUCCAGAACUGCGAGCCUCUGCAUGGUUGGUUGGGAUGUGCGAGAUUUCAA